GAGGAGGGGGCCCUAAAACAGUUCGCUGACACUCUUGUUUCAUCACUUAAUAGCUCGACUACCCCGGAGCGGUCCUAGGACGCAUUUUUGGCUCGUGGAUACAUACUUGGUGUCGCUUACUACCUUUUGAAGUUUUGUAGCGUUUGCGGUGGUUUCGGGGCGAGCACGAGCCAAAUCAACCAAAGAGGAGAAAGAAGUGCGGUUUUCGCCAUGGGAGCACAGACCUCAGCGCAACGUGACGAAAAGAGCCAAGAGGACGCGUCAGCCGAGGAGCUAAGCGCGGAGGUGAACGCGAUUUCGGAGGGGGAUAGCGUUGUCGACGCCAAGCUCCAGCAGACGAAUGGACAGAUCUCCAUCUCCAGUUUGAUUGGGAAGGUAGACGAGCAGACAGAGCUCCAUGGCCACUCAGAGGACAACACGCUAACAGAGGAAGUUGAUGCCGUGUCCGUGUCUCAGAAGGAGGAGGUUCCUGAAACAAUGGACUCCCUCCAGGCUGAGGUGCCCCCUCAGGUGAACGGAGAGAAGGAUGAGAAUGAGUCACCUGACACAAACAACAUCACCCCUGCAGAGGAGAAGGAGGUCGAGGAGAAACCAGGCGAAGCCAAUGAGGUGGGCUUCAAAAAGAUCUUUAAGUUCGUUGGCUUCAAGUUCACUGUGAAGAAGGACAAGAAUGAGAAGACGGAGCCGGUGCAGCUGCUGACGGUGAAGGACAAGGACGUGGAGGAAGGAGAGACCAGCGGGUCUGAGGAAACUAAGGAGGAAGCCACCACUGCAGAGGAGGAGGUCAAAUCUGAGAAGGAGAAGGCAACUGAGCCAGAUACCUCCACCAUUGAGACUGACGCCACUCCAGUGGAUGCCCCAUCUGAGACCGUGGAUGGAGAGGCUGCAGAGGCAGUCAGAGAAGAGGCUGCAGAGGGAGCUGAGGCGGAAGCUACAGAGAAAGAGCCUGAGGACCCAGCUGCAACUAACCCACCUGGCCAGGAAACCACUCAGUCCCCCUUCAGAAGGUUCUUUACACAGGGAAUCUUCUUCAAUCUGCGCAAGAAGGCAAGCAUCAAGAAGCCCAAAGAGGAGGAACCAAAAGAGAAAGCUGCCGAGGAGGAGAUAAAGGAGGGAGAGGAAACAGCAGAGGCUGUGGUGGAGGAGGAUGGAGAGAAAGCACAAGAAGAGGUUGAGGGAGAGGUGAAGGAGGUGGAACCAGUGACAACACCAGAGGAGGCUAAGCCUGAUUAUUCCACAGAAACUGAGACAGUGGAAGCACCUGUCAAAGAGAUCAAAGAGGAGGUCCAAGCCGAGGUUGCAGUAGAAAUGUCAGAAUCCGGUAUUUCUGACAAUGCCAAACCAGUGGAAGAGAAAGUUGAAGAGGCUGUGGAAGCAGACAACGCCCCAGUCGAGGUCACCACCGAGGCUGAGCUGCUAUCAUCCCAGGAGAAGGUCAAGGCCCAGGGAAGCCCACUGAAAAAGCUCUUCACUGGGGCCGGCCUGAAGAAGCUCUCUACCAAGAAACAGAAGAAAGACAAGAAAGACGCAGAGGCCAAGCUGACCGAGUCUGGGGAACAGGCAGCUGAACUCCAAACCUCCACAGAUUCAGCAGAGGUCCAGAAACCCGACAGUGGGGCCUCGUCUCCAGAGGAGUCUGGUGAGCAUGCCAUCGGGGUAGAAACCGCCCAAGCUGAGGUCAGCCAAGAGGCUGAUGGGGAGGUAACCAGCUCAGAUGAAGGGAAGAAGAAAGAAGGUAUCAUGCCCUGGUCCUCCUUCAAGAAGCUGGUGACGCCCAAGAAACGCAUCAAGAGGCCCUCUGAGAGUGAGGACGAGGCAACUGGUGAGAAAGCCAAGUCGGGCACCCUGUCCUCCACUGAGAGUGCCGUGUUUGUGGAGAAAGAGAAGGAGCCGGAAUCCACUGAGGAGGACCCAAAAACCGAAGCCACUGAAAAGCUGGAGGGCAGCACCGAGGAGUCCAAAAGGAUGAAGAUGGACACCUCAGUCUCAUGGGAGGCCCUUAUGUGUAUGGGUGGCAAUAAGAAAAGGACCAGGAAGACCUCUGACUCUGAAGAUGAGGAGACCAAAAUCGAAGAGGAGGCGCCACAAGCUGGAGAAGAACCGGCUAAGACCACAGAGUCUCCUCUUGGAAGUUCCAGAGAGGCUGAUCAGGAAAACACGGUGUCGUCCCCCGAACCAUCCACUAGCCCCGCCGCAGGAGAGUCCACCUGGGAUACUCUCAAGCGCCUCGUCACCCAUAGGAAGAAGCCCAAAGCCGAGGAUAAGACAGAUGAGUCCGGUGCCGAACCGGUUGUCUCAGACAGUGAAAUCUCAAAAGAAGAUUCCUCAUUCUCUCUGAGGAAACUCAUCCCUGGACGUAGAAAGAAGAAGCAGCUUUCCUCCGAUCUGGGGUCUGGCGAGGAAGACUCUGACACACCAGCCGUGGUCCCCCUCUCAGAAUACGACAACGAGCAUGCCAAGACUAAGGAAGAGGCUGAAUUUGAAAUGACAGUGGAGACAGUGGAUGCUAAGGAGGCAGCACCAAUCACUCAGGCUCAAUCCUCCACCGAAGAGAGAUCCCCCUCUUGGAUCUCAGCCACGGCUGUUGUGGAAGACCUCCAGGAGAUUCCACACGAUCAGCUGAGCGACAUUCCAGAAGAGGGUGCCGCCACCCCAAAGUCUGCUGACACCACUCUCGCCGAGGACAUUGUAGAGCAGACCUCAGAGGCGGUCACAUGCCUGGAGCAGGAGCCUGAGCUGUCUGUUGCCGAGGUGACUACAAAGAUGAUUCCAGACAUGUCUGGAGAAACCACCCCUGUGCCCUAUGAGCCUGAGCCAGAGUCUCUGGAGGUCCUGCAGGAGGCUGUGGAGCUGGUCAAUGAGCUCCCAAGCCUGACUUCCGUAGAAAUCACAGAGGUCCAACUGGAGAAUGUUGCGUCCAUCCCAGAGCCCACACCGCCGAUUGAGUUCACCGAGAGCGAAUCAAAGGUUGUCUUGAUGGUGCAUAAAGAAACUGAGGCCACCGCCAUCUGCACUGGCCUGGGCACCAAGGAGAUUGCCAAGGUGGCGGUGGAGAAGCCUGUGAUUCCCACCGUGGAGUGUCUAGCUGAGAUCAGCGAUGCUCUGUCUGCUGAGUUGCCAGUGGAGGACAAGGCUGAUCCAACUGAGGCGGCUGAUUCUAUUGAAGAGCCAAUGUUUGAGGCUCAAGUGGAGCAGGUCGACAGCACAUUCCUGGAGACCUCCCUAGAGAAGACUAUUGAAGAUAUCCCAGAGCCUGAGAUAGCCACUGAGGGCAAAGAGCCUGAAGUUGAAAAGCUAGCCGUGAUCAAUGAUAUCCAGACGGAGGCUGAAAUCAUCGAGGCCCCUGUAGUGACUGAGAACACCCCCAGAGUGGAGCUGGUGGACCCCAUCACACCAACUGUCGAAGAAUCCAUUGCCGCUGACAUUGUGGAGAUCUCUGAGGCACCUGUCGUUGAGGUCAAAAGUGAGGAGAUGGAGGUGGAAGAGUCAGCUGCCAUCAAAGACAUCGCUCCUGUAGAGGAGGUGAAUGAGCCCGUCACAAGAGAAAUGGCUACCUCGCUAACUGACUUCGAUCUGGCCACAGUUACUGAGGUGUGCGAGGCAGCCAUUGCUGUUGUAGCCCCUGCUGAAGAGUUUGUCAUUGUCAAGGAGACUGUGUGCCUAAUCAGCCCACCGUCCGUGAAAACCCAGCAAGUGGAGGUCCCGGAGGCCAUGGCGGUGGAAACAGUCUCAGUGGCAGUUGCAGAGCCUGCGGGUGAUUACCAAAUCCAAGUGAAAGUGACUGAGGUUGGUGUCACAGAGGCCGAGGAGACGAAGGAGGCAGAGGCCAUGGAGGAGACGGGCUUGGUCAUUGCUCAGGUGGUCAUCCUGAACGCUGUGGAGAAAGUGUCUGAAGCAGAGGCUGAACCCGAAGCACCUGCCUGCGUCACUACCACCGUGAAGACACCUGAAGACACACUACCAGUCCAGGCAGUAGCAAUGAUAGAGAAAGAGAUUGAACAAAUAGCAGAGGAGAAACCUGUCAUUGCUGAAACUCCUGUAGUCCAAGUUAAAGCACCAGCACCAGAAACUCCUGCAGAGGAGCCUGCUGCUCCAGAGGCACAAGCCGAGGCUGAAAAACCACCAAAGGAAGUUCACGAGGCCGUUCAGGUCAUUGAGACAAUUCCAGUCAUAGUUGAAAUCACAGAGAGUAUCGUGGAAGAGGUUAACAAGGAGGCGGAGGAUGUUGUCAAAGAGGGAGUUGAGGAGAUAAAACAGGAAGUUGAAUUAAAGCAAGCAGUGGAGGUCAACAUAAGUGAGGAGAAAGUUGUAGAGGUUGAAGUUGUAGUAAAGGUGGAACAGACAGAGAGUGAGUCAGAUGGAAAGGCAGAGGAGGAGAUCCAAAAGGUAAAGAGCAACGUAGAGGCAGUAGAGGUUCAGGAAGUUCUACAAGCUGAGGUAAUCAAGCUGGUUCAGGAAGUGAUAGCAGAGGUUCCCGUUCCAGAGGCAGCUGAUGAGAAGUCAGAAGCGGCGGUGGUGACAGAAGAGACCCCAGUACCAGAGGGGCCCACAGAGACACCGAAAGCCCCAGCCCAGCCAAAGGAGACGACUGCUGAGGUUGUGGGCCCACAUACAGUACAGGUGGUCAAUCAAGCGGCACAGAUCGUUGAAGAGAAGGAAGCAAAGGAAAUCCAGAUGGAGGAGGUGGUGGAAAUCGAUGCCAUUGUAAGCGCACCAGAGACAAAGGAAGCCCUGGCUAAAGAAGUCACGCCAGCCCCUGAAUCCACACCAGACACCCCAGCUGUGACUGCCAGCCAAGAGGCCCCUGCUAACAUCGUGGAAGAGGAGGUUGCCAUUGCCAUGGCUGUGACAGUUGCCAGACCAGCGGAGGCAGGGGCAGAGAAGGCGACGCCAGUGAAGCGUGUGGAGGUGAUGGCGCAGGUGAUCGAGGUGAUCGAGGAGGCAGUGAGGGAGAUUGAAACUGUCUCCUCCACAGAGCUCACAGCUACAUCGUGAGCAGCUGUAGAUGCAAGAUGGUUGCCUGGGAGACGGACUGUCCUGACCAGGAAGUGAGUGAUAGUGAGAAAGUUAGCAAGAGAGAGAGUGAGAGGAUGCACUGUGGAGACACACUGAGACUGAGUUCCACCCCACCCUGCCCAGAGCGACUGAGUGACUGAGCUCCACCCCACCCUGCCCAGAGUGACUUCGCUCCACCCCACCCCUCUCUCCUUCCCCCAUGUCCCUGUCCUGCAGCCCCAGCCUGUCACAUAGAGGUGGCAUCCCCACCCCACUGUCCCUCCAUAGGUGAAGCAUCGAUCUCCCUACACACAUACCAAGCCACAGUCCUGCACCUUUGAAGCUUCCCAUCUGGCUCGUAAUCAAUGUGAUUUACUUUUUCUGUUUUGAUGACCUUGCUGUGGCUCGGGAGUCUGCUGUCCGUUUUGUGUGUGUGUGUGUGUGUGUGUGUGUGUGUGUGUGUGUGUGUGUGUGUGUGUGUGUGUGUGUGUGUGUGUGUGUGUGUGUGUGUGUGUGUGUGUGUGUGUGUGUGUGUGUGUGUGUGUGUGUGUGUGUGUGUGUGUGUGUGUGUGUGUGUGUGUGUGUGUGUGUGGUCUCUGAGUUGGAGGAUUAUUAUCUUGUAUAUUGUAUUUAUAUCUUAUGCGUAUUCUCUCAUUCCCCCAUCCUUUAUUUUUUUUGUAUGGAAUAUGUGACCCAUUUUCUCAAACAUAUGUAAGACUUCAAAGAUAAUGUCUGGAUUUUGCAGAAAUUCUAACUAAACCAUGGUACAUAUGUGAUUUCAAUGGCGGUGUCCGAUAUCAUUGAUUGCAGACGAUGACUUAAUGUGAAGACAUGGAGUGAGGUGAAAGUCAAUAGGUGUGCAACAAUCUUACAAACUUUAAUCUUUGACAUGUUCUGUCACACUGUACUUCCUUUCAGCCUGACAAUAUAUUUUCAGCUCCUACUGUAGAUAAAACAUACUUCACUGCCUGAAUGACUGUGAAAAAAAGUAUUGUUACUUUCUGAAAUAAGUAUGUCUUUGAUUAUUGUGUAAAAAUACAAUAAAACACUAUUAUCUCA